AUGGCCGUAGCUGCCAUGUUUGGCGUCAUCAUGAUUGCCCGAUUACACGCCAUGUAUCAGGGAUCCAGAAUGAUGCUUACAUUCCUUGUUAUCAUGUUCCUGGCUGUAAACAUCGCCUAUGGGGUCUUGACAGCAAUAGUGCUCAAGGAUAGUGUAGUGGAGGAGCUGGUACUCUCUGGCACAUAUGGGUGUAAUGAGGUGUAUAAUGAGGAUGUCUAG